AAGGAAUGGCCGUCGUUGAUGACUAUUGUACUAUCCUUAGCCACACGCGGAACCUACGGUUUUAAUCUAUUGAAGUAUACUAUCAAGCAGGAAAAUAAAACAAUUAUUAUAAAAUGUCGACGAUGGCAAGUCCUUUAGCUGUUGGUGGGGUGAGGCAAUCAGGUGCACCUGUAAGGACUCAAAAUGUUAUGGCUGCUUCUGCUAUUGCUAACGUAGUUAAAAGUUCUUUAGGACCUGUAGGAUUGGAUAAGAUGUUGGUCGAUGAUAUUGGGGAUGUCACAGUUACAAAUGAUGGGGCAACUAUUUUACGUUUACUGGAAGUUGAACAUCCCGCAGCUAGAGUAUUGGUUGAGUUAGCUCAAUUACAAGAUGAAGAAGUUGGAGAUGGUACAACUUCUGUUGUAAUUGUUGCAGCUGAAUUAUUGAAAAAUGCAGAUGAGCUUGUGAAACAGAAAAUUCAUCCAACCUCUGUUAUCAGUGGUUAUAGACUUGCUUGCAAGGAAGCUUGUAAAUACAUACAAGAACAUUUAACAGUUAGUGUUGAUGAACUGGGAAGAGAUUGCUUGGUCAAUGUAGCAAAAACUUCUAUGUCUAGCAAAAUUAUAGGAGCUGAUGCUAAUUUCUUUGGUAAUAUGGUCGUUGAUGCUGCUAAUGCUAUCAAGAUCAGCGAUGGUAAAGGUGGACAUCUGUAUCCUGUCAAAGCAGUUAAUGUUUUAAAAGCUCAUGGCAAGAGUGUUAGAGAAUCAAUUCUUGUACAUGGUUAUGCACUUAAUUGUACAGUGGCUUCGCAAGCAAUGCCUAAAAGGAUAGUAAAUGCAAAAAUUGCUUGUUUGGACUUUUCUUUACAAAAAGCUAAAAUGAAGUUAGGUGUUGAAGUACUUAUUACUGAUCCUGAAAAAUUGGAAGCUGUACGUCAACGAGAAAUCGAUAUCACAAAAGAAAGAGUUCAAAAAAUUUUAAAUGCUGGCACUAAUGUUGUUCUUCUAUCUGGUGGAGUUGAUGAUCUUUGUCUAAAGUAUUUUGUAGAAGCUAAGGCAAUGACAGUACGCAGAUGCAAGAAAGCUGAUCUAAAAAGAAUUGCCAAAGCUACAGGUGCACAAUUUUUAACUUCAUUAACUAACAUGGAAGGAGAGGAAACCUUUGAAUCAAGUUUUCUUGGUGAAGCUGCUGAAGUAGUACAGGAGAUGAUCUGUGACGAUGAGCUUAUUCUUAUUAAAGGACCAAAAGCUCGAACAGCUAGUUCUAUCAUUUUACGUGGACCAAAUGAUUAUUAUUGUGAUGAAAUGGAGCGUUCUGUACACGAUGCUUUGUGCGUUGUGAAACGUGUUUUAGAAAGCAAAAAUGUUGUCGCUGGAGGAGGUUGCGUUGAAGCUGCACUUUCAAUUUAUCUGGAAAACUUUGCUACUUCUUUAAGUUCUCGCGAACAAUUAGCAAUUGCUGAAUUUGCAAGAUCACUUUUAAUAAUACCUAAAACAUUGGCUGUUAAUGCUGCACAAGAUGCAACUGAUCUUGUUGCAAAAUUGAGGGCUUAUCACAAUUCUAGCCAAACAAAAGCAGAUUUAGCAGAAUUAAAAUGGGUUGGUCUUGAUUUAUUAGAGGGAACUAUAAAGGAUAAUAAGAAGGUUGGUGUAUUAGAACCAGCUAUUUCGAAAAUAAAAUCUUUGAAAUUUGCUACUGAAGCAGCGAUCACUAUAUUACGAAUUGAUGAUAUGAUUAAAUUGGAUCCUGAACGAUCCAAAGAUAAAUCAUAUCACGAUGCAAUGGCUGCUGGUGAAUUGGAUGAAUAAAAUUGCUUUCAAUAUGAAGUUAUUAUAGGAAACAUUUUCACAGCAAAUCUUGUUCACAAAUUUUUCAUUAUACUAAUGCAUCUCAUGUGUUGAUUAAGAACUUAAAAUAUUAUAAUUUUUAAGUCAUUGUCAUAACAUAUAUAUAUUUACAAAUAAAUAACGUAUUAUGUUCGCAUUUCAUAAAAUACUUAAUUCUUGUACGAGCGUACUAAUUAAUAAUUAUAUUAAGGAAAAUAAAGUUUUUUCCUAACUA